AGGAGCUCCUUUGUUACCAGCCAAAACCCUGGUGAAAGGAAUGGGAUUAGGGAGAGAAGUCCGCCCGGUCCUGUGGCAAGGGACCCACUUGGGGUUAUGGGAUCGCUGACCCGGAGCAGGGACGAACGACCGUGGGUCGUGUCCCCAGAGUUACAGGUUGGAACAAACUUGCCUAGCUUCGCGUGGCAGGAGCUCCCAAGUUCACGGGUGAGCAGAGCGUGCAGGAGCGACAAGGUGCGGCGCUGAGCCCAGGCUCGGCUCGAACUGGGCGAGGGAGGGGGCGGGCGCGCAGGUCCCGCCUCCCCUGGCCGCGUGCACACACACGCCCACCGCGGCUGGGCUGGCGGAGCGCGGGCGAGUGUGAGCGCGAGUGUGCGCACGCCGCGGGAGCCACUCUGCCCUCUCCUCGCACCCUGCACAGGGCAUCUCGAGAGCCUGGAAACGUGAACAGGCUUAAAGUAUGGCAUGUUGCGAAGAUGGUUUCUGUCCAGAAGGUACCCGCGAUCGCGCUGUGCUCCGGGGUCAGCCUUGCCCUCCUGCACUUCCUGUGCCUGGCGGCUUGUUUAAACGAAUCCCCAGGACAGAACUCAAAGGACGAGAAAUUGUGCCCGGAAAAUUUUACCCGUAUCCUGGACAGUUUGCUGGAUGGUUAUGACAACAGGCUGCGUCCUGGAUUUGGGGGUCCUGUUACAGAAGUGAAAACUGACAUAUAUGUCACCAGCUUUGGACCCGUUUCUGAUGUCGAAAUGGAAUAUACAAUGGAUGUGUUCUUCAGACAGACGUGGAUUGACAAAAGACUGAAAUACGAUGGCCCCAUUGAAAUUUUGAGGUUGAACAAUAUGAUGGUUACCAAAGUUUGGACCCCUGAUACUUUCUUCAGGAAUGGAAAGAAAUCUGUCUCACAUAACAUGACAGCUCCCAAUAAGCUUUUUAGAAUUAUGAGAAAUGGCACUAUUUUAUACACAAUGAGACUCACCAUAAGUGCGGAGUGUCCCAUGAGACUGGUGGAUUUUCCUAUGGAUGGUCAUGCCUGCCCUUUGAAAUUUGGGAGUUAUGCAUAUCCCAAGAGUGAGAUGAUCUAUACCUGGACCAAAGGCCCCGAGAAGUCAGUGGAGGUGCCAAAGGAGUCUUCUAGCUUAGUUCAAUAUGACCUAAUUGGGCAGACUGUAUCAAGUGAAACUAUCAAAUCUAUUACAGGUGAAUACAUUGUUAUGACAGUUUACUUCCACCUCAGACGGAAGAUGGGCUAUUUUAUGAUUCAGACAUAUAUCCCAUGCAUUAUGACAGUGAUUCUUUCUCAAGUUUCCUUCUGGAUAAAUAAGGAGUCUGUUCCAGCUAGAACUGUAUUUGGAAUAACCACAGUCCUCACGAUGACCACCCUAAGCAUCAGUGCCCGGCAUUCGUUGCCCAAAGUAUCCUAUGCGACUGCCAUGGAUUGGUUCAUAGCUGUCUGCUUUGCUUUUGUAUUUUCGGCUCUUAUUGAGUUUGCUGCUGUCAACUAUUUCACCAACAUUCAAAUGCAGAAAGCCAAAAAGAAGGUAUCGAAGCCUCCUCCAGAAAUUCCUUCUGCUCCAGUGCUGAAAGAGAAUCAUCCAGAAGCUUCUCUCCAGAAUACACACGCCAAUUUGAACAUGAGGAAGAGAACAAAUGCCUUGGUCCACUCAGAAUCUGACAUCAACAGCAGAACUGAGGUGGGAAACCACUCCAGUAAGAGCGCCACAGCCCAAGAGUCUUCUGAAGCUGCACCUAAGGAGUACUUAGCCUCCAGUCCAAAUCCCUUCAGCAGGGCAAAUGCUGCUGAGACAAUAUCCGCCGCAAGAGGUCUUUCAUCUGUACCUUCUCCUACGCCUUGUGUCACUUCGAGACCAGCUUCUUUGGGGUCGACUUCUACUCGCCCUGCCUUUGGGUCUAGACUUGGGCGAAUUAAGACCACAGUUAAUACCACAGGGGCACCCGGGACUGUGUCAGCCGCACCCCCUCCCUCUGCUCCACCACCUUCCGGAUCUGGUACGAGUAAAAUAGACAAAUACGCUCGUAUUCUCUUUCCAGUCACAUUCGGGGCAUUUAACAUGGUCUACUGGGUCGUUUAUUUAUCUAAGGACACCAUGGAGAAAUCCGAAAGUCUAAUGUGAUUUUGUUGCUAUAGCAAUCUCAUAAAAGACAAUGGAAAUCCAGACUGUCUUUUUAAAUGUUUUUAAAGAUAAGUAUUCUUUACUAAAAUAAAAAUUCUAUGUAAUUUUUGAAUUUAAAAAUACAAGCCAGGGAGAUAGAGAGGGAGUUAAUCAAUUCCUCAGUGGCCAGAAAGUGAACCAUCUUUCCUUAUAGAAAGAAAAUUUUAAAGGAAUCUGUUCAGUAUUCACAUUGGAUGGAAUGCAGACCGUUAUGGAAAGUUGGAACAAGAGAAAUAGGGCCAGAAGAGAUAUGUGAUGCAUUUUUUUGCAUUGAAAUUUGAAAAAAAAAAAAAAGAGACUGUGAUAUUUUUAAAUACACCCCAUGAAAUCAAACAGUCACUGAAAAUUUCCCAUUGGCACUGCCCUUAACCAGAAUUGUGUACUGUAAGUUAUGAGCAGUGACCUUUGCAGUUCCUCUUAGUACCUUCAAGAAAAUAGUUUUUCUGUUAAACAAAAACACUGCGAAGAGGAAAAUGGAACCAAACAAACACUGAUCAAUACAGUGAAGCCUCUGCUGCAUCAAUAACAGACACCGACCAGGGCAAAUGUGUUUUCGGGCACAUAUUGGUCAAAAAAAAAAAAAAUACUUAAAACAGUUGACUUGAAAUGUUGUGCUCUGAGCCAAAGUUAAAUUUGUUGUAUAAAUUCUUUUUUCAUAGUAUCUCAUUCAGUUAUGUACUGUAUGCAUUUACUACAUAGUUCCUCAGAGCCUGGAGCCUACUGUGUUCUAGGUGCUGUUUAGAGACAGUUUUCUAGGGAAGUCCUUUCACCUUUACAGCAAUCCUUCAGUAGUAGAACAGUCAGUGCAUGUUAAAGAACCAUAAUUUAACUGAGGACAUUCUGUUCUGUAAUGAAGGCAAUUUAGUUAGGGUCUGCCAAUGCAGCCAAUAUAUUUGUUUCUCCUGCACUGACAGAGGAAAACAAAUGCAUUUGUUCCUAUAGCCACUUUGAGAUAAGUACAUGUUAGUAUAAUCUUGAUGAUUGGUCCUCAAACUAUAAUGAAAUUAUGAUAGAGAUUGUUCUAUAGGUGAAAAGCAUCAUAUACCUGAAACAUAAACAUCUGGGCACUAGAAAACCUAACAGAUGACCUGUGUCAACUUUGAUGCAAGUCACAUUGCAUAGUUUUCCCACCAGACCAGAAUCAAAUCAAAGUCCACACAGGCCUUUUGUAUACUUACUCCAGUAGAGAGCAAUAUUAGCUGCCAAAAUGUUAACGCUCUUGCAAGCUUUUGUGCUCAUAAUGUCUGUAUGUCUGGCAUGUUUUGUAUUUGUUUUCUGAGAGUUUGAUAAGGUUUUAUAAUUAAGGUACUUUAACAAUUAAAGGAGCAGUUAGAGAAAGAAAGGAAUAUAAAUAUCAUAGCCUUGGAUGGAUGUCAGUGACUGUUAGGCAGUGUAUUUAGAUUUCCGAGUACUGACUUUGCCUUUUUACUACAUAGGCCUAAUAGCCUAAUGAAUCUCUUGCAGCUCUUUCUAAAUUGCUCAAUCCUGGUUGAUCUUUUUGUUGUUUUACUUCCUGAUUUUUUUCUUGUAUUUCUACCUGUUUUUGGUAUCUGUAAAUGAAAAUGUUUUGAGUUGGGGGAAAACAUUUGAUAGAAAUGGACAUCUUAUAGCAGAAUCUCUUAUUUUCUGGGGAAAAUUAUACUGAUUAAUAUGAACUUUUGAGUUAGUACAUUGCUUUGUAACGGUUGCCCAUGAAACUUAUAAAAUUUGAAAAUGUCAGAUUUUAAUUGA